UGGGUGGGAGCAGAAAGAAGAAAAGGGAAGAAGAGUGGGAGAGCCGGAGGAGGAUAAGAAAUUAGUAAAAGGAGUGCUGCAAAAUUGAUAGAGAUAGAGAUAGAGAUAGAGAUAGAGAGAGAGUAGGUCGGUCGUGGAAACAUAUGGCGAAGAACUGGGCUUUUGUUUCCGGGAAAGCAAUGCACACGCUGUUGUGUCCUUGUUCUUCAAAGCCUACCAGUACCACUACUAAUUUGUGGUUGCCAUUCUCAACUUCCUAUCCUACUAGUGCUACUACUAUUAUCAAGAACACUGCUUGGGUUCCACGGUCCCCGCUUUUUCCUUUAUCAUCUCGGGAACAGGAUUGUAAACGUCUGACAUGUGGUUGUAACGGUGGAGGUGGAGGUGGUCGUCGUGGCUCUGAAUUGCUUCCUUUGAAAUGCAAUUGGGGGGAACAUUAUGAGGACCAUGACUUCAUUGUCGUCAAUUUCUACCAUUUCGUUUUCAUCAAAGACCCAGAAGACGAGGUCUCCAGACACCUCUCCUUCUUGCAGGGUCUUGACAUACAUGGUCGAAUAUAUUUGAAUGAGCAAGGGAUUAAUGCGCAGUACAGUGGGCCAUUGAAAGAUGCUCUUGCAUAUGAGAAAUGGUUAAGAGAAGACCAUAGGUUUUCUGAUGCACUUUUUCAAAUUUCUCCGGCUUUAAGUGGGCAUGCAUUUCCAAGACUGAAGUUGCGAUAUAAACCCUCACUUGUUCAGUUGGAAGGAGGCAUUUCACAUCUUCCUUUGCUUGACCCAUCGAUGCGAGCUAUACCUCUCACACCAUCUCAAUGGAGGAGUAGAUUGGAAGCAACAAAUAAAAGUGAUGAUGCUUCAACGGGGAAUCCUAAUAUGAGCAUUCUAUUGGAUAUGAGAAAUGGUUAUGAAUGGGAUGUUGGUCAUUUUCAUGGGGCUCAGCGACCUAAUGUGGACUGCUUUAGGAGCACUUCAUUUGGACUAUCCCAGUUAGAGGUCAACGGUUCAGAUCUUUUAGCCUGUGUUGAUGAAGAGAAAACAGAUAUAUUUAUGUACUGUACAGGAGGUAUCCGUUGCGACAUAUAUUCUACGAUCCUAAGACAAAGGGGCUUCAAAAACUUGUACACCUUGAAGGGAGGUGUUUCUCAUUAUCUUGAGAAUGAAGGUCCCAUAGAGUGGGUGGGGAAUCUCUUUGUGUUUGACUCCCGACUUUCUCUACCUCCUUCUGCCUACAAGCCAGAAAUUAUGACUGAAGCAAACUGCACACAAGAGCUUUCGGAAAAUAGUUCACUUGCUAGAUGCUACAUUUGUGGUUCAGAACUUUCUGAACUGAGGCACCGCAACUGCGCAAAUCUCGAUUGCAACUUGCUUUUCCUAUGCUGUACAGGUUGUGUGAAAGAUUUUAGAGGGUGCUGUUGUUUAAGAUGCACAUAUGCCAGUCGGCGUAGACCUGUGCUACCACCAGGAGGACAUCAGAGAUACAAAAAAUGGCAUUAUUAUCGGGAUUUGGAUUUGCACAGCAUUUAACAGCCUAUUAUGCUUAUCAGAGGUUGAAAUCCAUUUUAUUUAGUUUGGGAUUUCGGGUAUUUAUUCAUUUAUUAUCGCAGAUUGCCUGCAUAUGUUGUAAAACACAUCUAGUCUCCAAAAGCAUAAAAUAAAAUAAAGUAGGCCAUGCAAGGGAAGUUACCCUUGAAUCUCUGUGCUACUAUCUUCACCCGAUUGUUUGCAUUGAGCCGAGGAUUUAAUGUAUUUGGCAUGCAAAGUGGAGAGGAGAGAAGAGGAGAGGAGUUCCUAAGGGGACUGUUUUCUUUUAUUUUUAGUUAACAAAACAAAAGGAAAACUGUGUGCAAUACUCUUUUGUGGCCCUUUCUGCACUCAUGGCUGAAGCAAAAGCAUGUUCUGAAGUUCUACAAUGGUGUGUUAAGGCUAUUACUAUUUAUACGGACUGUCAAGUGCUAAUCAACAAGCUCAAGGAGGAGAUGGAAGAUUGGGGGGUGAUGCACCUGUUAUUAGAUAUUAAUAAGUUGCUUUGUAACAAGUUUUGAUUAUGUACGUAUUUCGAAGUCUUCAAGGAAGGUAGUUGAGGUAGCACAUGACGUAGCUGCCAAAAUUGCCUCUCUUUCAUGAACAAACCUGCAAUUAGUUUUGGGUUAUGUUUAACUAUGAAAACAUUUUCUUUUUAAUGUCGGUGUGUAAAAAGUAUAUUAAAAUAUACAAAAAAAAA